AUCGCUGCCUAUCACCUUCUGUUUGCUAAGUAGCUAUCUGCACGGGAAAGUGGGUGUAAUGGGUAGCUGCGGACGCUAACGUGAGCAAAAUAACUCGCCUGUCAAAACAUUACACCCCGUAAAACCACCAUGUUCGGCCGGUCACGGAGCUGGGUUGGAGGACAGGGGAAGACGAAAAACAUCCACUCCUUGGACCAUUUGAAGUAUAUGUACCAUGUCCUGACCAAAAACACCACAGUGACCGACCACAACCGAAACCUUCUAGUGGAGACCAUCCGCUCCAUCACAGAGAUCCUCAUCUGGGGAGACCAGAAUGACAGCUCUGUAUUUGACUUCUUCCUGGAGAAGAACAUGUUUGCCUUCUUCCUGAACAUCCUGCGUCAGAAGUCGGGGCGCUACGUGUGCGUCCAACUCCUCCAGACCCUCAACAUACUGUUUGAGAACAUCAGCCAUGAGACUUCCCUAUAUUACCUCUUGUCAAACAACCACGUGAACUCCAUCAUCGUCCACAAGUUUGACUUCUCGGACGAGGAGAUCAUGGCCUACUAUAUCUCCUUCCUCAAGACCCUGUCGCUCAAACUCAACAACCACACGGUGCACUUCUUUUACAAUGAGCACACUAAUGACUUUGCCCUGUACACCGAGGCCAUUAAGUUUUUCAACCACCCUGAAAGCAUGGUCCGCAUCGCAGUCCGGACCAUCACACUCAACGUCUACAAAGUGGACAACCAGCACAUGCUGCACUACAUCCGAGAUAAGACAGCCGUGCCAUAUUUCAGCAACUUGGUCUGGUUUAUUGGCAGCCAUGUCAUUGAACUAGACAAGUGUGUGCAGACAGAUGAAGAACAUAAGAACAGGGGGAAGUUAAGUGACCUGGUAGCGGAGCACCUUGACCACCUGCACUACCUGAACGACAUCCUCAUCAUCAACUGUGAAUUCCUCAAUGACGUUUUGACUGACCACCUCCUCAACCGUCUGUUCCUGCCCCUCUAUGUCUACUCUUUGGUUAUCCCCGAGACGUCUGAAGAGCGAAAGAUCAACCCUCAGGUGUCCCUCUACCUGCUGUCUCAAGUGUUCCUGAUCAUCCACUAUCAGCCAAUGGUCAACGCCCUGGCUGAAGUUAUUCUCAACGGAGAUCUGUCUGUCUUCACCCCGCAGACCGACAUGCACAGCACACACAAGAACACGGCCAGUGCAGGAGGUGUGCGUCGCUUCACCAAGCCCCCGGAGUCUCUGGAGCGCUCCCUGGAGCUGUCCCGCCACCGUGGCCGCAAGAGAACUCAGAAGAGGCCAAACUACAAGAACCUGGGCGAGGAGGAGGAUGACGAAAGGGCUGGGGGAGGGGGAGGAGGUGGCGGCGGAGGAGGAGUAGAGGAGGGCUGGGACGACGACAGCAGAGGAGGAGAGAGGGAGGGAGGCCGAGAGAGGGAGAAGGGAAAAGGUACAGAGGGAGUAGGAGGAGGAGGAGGUGGGAGUUCUAAGGGAAGCAGAGCGAGUGGGGAGACGGCGGAAGAGAUAGAGAUGGUGGUGAUGGAGAAGUGUAAGGUGUCAGAGCUGACGGAGCAGAACAUCACUGAUGAAGAGAAGACGGCCGCGGCCACCCGCACACACACACAGAGGAGCAGACCGUUCUUAGACAUGGUGUACAGCGCUCUUGACUGCACCAACGAUGACUACCAUGCCCUGUUUGUCCUCUGCUUGCUUUACGCUGUCUCACACAGCCAAGGCAUUAACCGAGAUCUUUUGGAGCGCCUGCAGUUGCCAGUUCCUGACCAGGAGAGAAGCUCCUACAGCCUGGUGCUGGCAGAGAGACUGAUCAGAGUUAUGAGCCAGGCAGCACAGCCAGAUGGUAAAGUGCGUCUCGCUACCUUGGAGCUGAGCUGCCUUUUAUUAAAGCAGUCGGUGCUGUCCGGAAACAACUGUAUAAUCAAAGAUGUUCAUCUGGCCUGCUUGGAGGGCGCAAGAGAAGAAAGUCUGCAUUUACUGCGGAGAUUUUACAAGGGGGAGGAGAUCUUCUUGGACAUGUUUGAAGAUGAAUACAGGAGCAUGACGAGUAAACCCCUGAAUGUGGAAUAUCUAAUGAUGGAUGCGUCAGUGCUGCUGCCACCCACCGGUACUCCUCUGACUGGCAUCGACUUUGUCAAGAGACUGCCAUGCGGGGAUGUAGAGAAGACACGCAGGGCCAUCCGUGUCUUCUUCAUGUUGCGAUCCCUGUCGCUUCAGCUACAGGGAGAACCUGAGACGCAGCUGCCUCUGACCAGACCUGAAGAUCUUAUCAAGACAGAUGAUGUCUUAGACCUCAAUAACAGUGACCUAAUCGCCUGUAUGGUGGUCAGUAAAGAUGGUGGCCAGGCCCAGAGGUUUCUUGCUGUAGAUGUGUACCAGAUGAGUCUGGUCGAACCGGAAACAAAACGCCUUGGAUGGGGUGUGGUCAAGUUUGCCGGCCUUCUGCAAGACAUGCAGGUGUCUGGCGUUGAGGACGACAGCAGGGCGCUGAACAUCGUCAUCCAUAAGCCCAGCUCCAACCCCCACGCCAAGCCCCUGCCCAUUCUGCAGGCCAACUUCAUCUUCGCCGACCACAUCCGCUGCAUCAUUGCCAAGCAGAGGCUGGCCAAGGGUCGCAUCCAAGCCCGACGCAUGAAAAUGCAGAGGAUUGCAGCUCUGUUGGACCUGCCUGUGCAGCCCAGUGCGACAGAGGUGUUGGGUUUCGGUCAGACAGCCAGCGCUUCACCCAGUGGCCUGCCGUUCCGAUUCUACGAGCAGUCGAGACGGGCGCCCAACGACCCCACGGCAAAUAGAUCAGUCUUCGCCUCCGUCGAUAAAGUGCCAGGUUUUGCAGUGGCUCACUGUGUGUCGCAGCACAGUCCCUCGCCCCUCUCCUCCCCCUCGCCUCCCUCCAGUGGGAGUGGGAGCACAGGAAGAUGUGACUCUGUUACUGCAAGCACUAUAUCAGCUCAGAGCCCCACAGAUGAUGGUACAUUUCUGGAGCACACCCCACCCUCGUCCUCAGGCGGAGAAGGGGAAGGAGGAGGCGGAGAAGUAACGCUAGUCUCUGCUCUGUCGGCCCCGGUCAUGUCUCCGGCCCUGGCCCCGAGCCUCACCCCAGCGUCCCAGCCCACCAUCUCCCUCCUCACUGACAACAACGCAGACACCCUUAGUGUGGAGUCGCUAACGCUGCUUCCCCCUGCAGACUCACCGCACCUGCACCCCUGUGCCAGCCACGUUCCCGCUACGCACUCCCUCCAGAGACCAGACGCCUCCAUCGCAGAGGAGGAGGAGGAGGAGGAGGAGGAGGAGGAGGAGGGUGGCAAAGAGAAACAGGAGGAUAGGAAAGGAGAGCAGAGAGAAGAGGAGGAGCUGCAAGAGGAAGAGGGGUCGCCGACGGAUGAGACGGAGACAGAUGCAACAGUAAAAGAGGACACCACGACAACAGAGCUGGUCACCCCCACUGACGAGCCACCAGAGAGACCAGAGGGAGAAAAUGAGCCCGAAGGUGAAGACACAUGUAAAGAGUAUGUAGAGGACACGGAAGAUACAGAGAUUCGCACUGACACACCAGACUCACCUGAACUGGAUUAAGCAACACACACAAUCACGUUCAUGCACUUAAACAAGUCUCUCACGCACUAAGAGGACAGUGAAGUGUGAUAGAUAAACUAUCCAGCUUGACUGCAGUAUAUUUUCAUGUCGCGGCCUGUAGAUAGUGUGUGAUGUGAAUAGUCAUAAGAGGAUUUUGGAGGCAUCUCAACAUUUGUGUUUGCACAUGAAGAAAGACUCUUUUUACUCAGAGCGGACAAGACACUGGUCGAACUCGAGGAAGGCUUAAAGCACAUUUGAUUUCCUGUGCGCCUGAGUGCGUCCGAUCAUGUUUUUAGCAAGCGUGUGUAAAGGCGCGCAACCAGCAAUGUUUUUUACUCAUUCUGAUCGAUUGUUUGUGAGCUCAAAGAAACACAAACACAUGCCACACGCUGCUGCUGUGAGCUGUUUAUCCACGUGUGAGGUUUAAAAAGACCUGCUCUAUUUUUGUGUCUUAGGUUCACCACCAGUGUUUUGUGGUGGUGGUCACUUCUAUGCUAACACACACACACACACACACACACACGCUAUACAUACUGUCCACACACGCGGUCAGCUGCACUUGCCUUUUAACUGCUGCAUGUCAGACCCGUUAGCAGUUACUGCCACCGAGAACUGCCACAGGGUAGGUGUGUGUAUUGUUGCUAUGGGCUUGAGUGACAGUUGUGUGUGUGUUUUCUACAUUUUCUUUAGUUCUUGUUGCUUCAGGUGUAAAUUAAUGAUCCAUUCGUUUCCCAUUUAUUAACAGUUAUAGAAAAGAUGUUAAGUGAUCAGCAGCAUUUUAAGCAAGGAGGAAGCAGGUCUCAUCCUGUGAACAUUCAUUUGAUGUUAACGUGACGUUGUAGUUGACAAAACCUUAUGUUUUUUCUUUAAAGGUACAGCUCAUGCAAAAUCAAAAAUACAUACGUUUCCUCUUACCUGUAGAGCUAUUUAUCUGCUAGCAAACAAGGAUUCUUUUAUCUUAAAAUGCAAGAUUAGAUGUGUGUGAAAGCAGCUUUCUUUAUGGUAUCACAGUUGGUAUCCAUCAUUACUAACAUUAAUCUCUUGGGCUGACAGGUUAGUACAGGUUGCUUGAGUGCAGUGUAACAAAGCAUUUUUUUGAGAUAUGCAACAGUAAUCAAGAAACCUUGACCUCAUUGGAUUUGUUUUUAUUUUCAGCAUCUGUUCCAGGUCACUAACUUCCCUCCCAUAUCCAUAGUGUAGCUCUGAGUCUGCAGGAAUUAGAUGAGUGUUUAUUCACAGAGCUGAUUCACCAACAGUAUCAGCAGACUGACUGACUGACAGAGUAACUGAUUUGAAAGAUGUGAAUAGAGCUGAAUAAGUGGUACAGUGGUGAUACAUAAUGGAUAACAGUUCACUGAGUGGUAGUAAAUAAUUCAGUCAGUCCACGCAGGCGUUCAUUCAUUCUCUACAUGAAGCAUUUCAGUCAAUAGCAACACAGGCGAGCUGCUGCUUUACUGAAUGAAAAGCUGGAUAGUGUUUGAUAUAUUUAGGAAAAAAGAUACAAAGUUAAUUUGCUUAAUUAGAUGAAACUCUUACAGCCUCAUAGAGUGAUAGAGAGCUGAUAGAUAUCAGUGAUGUUAAACGUGCCGACUUCAAAGAGUCAUAAGACACCGUUUGAAGUAACAUCUGUGUCUUCAGGUCUGCACACUGCCACAGCAGCACUGGGUUGAAUGUAUCUGCUGGUUGCCCCUCAGGCACUGACCUUAGCUCUGUUUAACUCUCAGUGAAUCUGGCUUUAAUACGUCCCUGCCAUAAUUUGAUAAACUGGACAAAACAAGGAUGAUGUUGAACCAAAAAAAUAUAUAUAAAAAUCCCCAUUUAAGUACUUGUGUACCAUGAAGUCAUGAUUCUCUAGGGGAGACAAGCAGAAUAUAAUUUGGUAAAUAACCCCCCAAAAAGCCUAAAGCAUAGUGUUGAGUAGGGCUGGGUAUUGUUUGUUGUUGUUGUAAAUUACAAUACCACUGCCAAUCCCAGUAAUCUUAAAGUGAUACCAAUGCCAAUAGAGUUCAUCAUUGGAUACCCAUAAUGUGAGUGGAGUAGCGUGUAGUGCAGCCACACUUUUAAAUGUUUUAGUGGCAUUUCGGCACACUGAACUGCCAACUCUGUCAAUACUAGGACUGGGUAUCAUUCAUUCAAUUACAAUACCAGUACCAAUACCAGUACCGUAGUAGUGACAUCAGUAUUAAUAGAGUAUUUAAUAUGAUUCCCUUUUUUUCUUCUUCAUUCGAUAACCGUAAUGGGAAUGGAGUAGUAUGGAGUGUAGCCAUCCUAUUGGACGUUUUGGUGACAACUCGGCACACUGAACUGCCAACUUUGUCAAUAUAAGGCCUGGGUAUUGUUUAAAAAAACAAUACCAAUACCAAUAGAGUACUGCAUUUAAUACUUUUUUAUCUACUUCGUUCGAUACCCAUCAUGUGAAUGGAACGCAAUGUGUGAAAGUAAAAUCUCAGCAGACGCCACAGGUGUGUAUAGUCAUACUUAGGAACGUUUUGGUGGCAUCUCGGCACGCCGAACUGCCAACUAUGCCAAAUACAACAUGCUGGACUAUACUACAGACUGUAUGGCUUGUAGCUGCAGUAGUGGGCCAGUCUUGCAUGAAAUUGAAGAACGCUUGCGAUGAUUGGCUGCGUGCAAAACCAUACAAAUAGUCAUUUUUUUCUAGACCUGGGUACAAAAUAAAUCAAGUACAGGUAUCGUUUAACUGGAGAAGCUUCAUCAAUACUUGGUACUCGGUUAUUUUGGUCGAUACCUUAAGGUAAUUGAGUACAGAUACCCAGCCCUGGUGUUUAGGUUGUAUUGUCACUCUAAAGCGGGCACACAGCUGUUUUUAAAACUAAAAGCAGUCUUGAAAAACCACCAUUAAGAUCUCUCCACAUGCUGCUCUGAGGUCAGUGUCGAGGGGCUAACCCCUCCCUUCCCUCCUCCUUUAAUCAGCUGACUAAAGCUUUACUACUGCAAUAAUCUUAAGAGCUAACCAAUGAGAGAAGAGAUGAAUGUAACAGACAACUUGUGUCUCCAAACAGUGGCGUUAUUUGAUCGUUCUGAAUGAGAUCAUUGUGUUUUAUCCUUAAUUCAUGACUUGAUUUGUAAAUCUUAGGAACAAAGGCAGAAAUCUUUUGAGCAUAUUUUCUAUCUCCUCGUUCUUUUUAAUUAUUAACUUCCUCCUCCUUGUUAUCUCUUCCCCUUUGCUUUCCAGCUCUUCUUUUCUGUGCCAUCACCUCCCAGCUUAAGUCUUAAUGCUCGAUCAUUCUUGUUUUGUAACUCUGUACAGCCAUCGACAUGUUUAUAAAGGAGAAAUUCAGAGCAAUACUCUUGUUUUUGUCUCUUUCCAUCCUGCUACUGUAAAUAGCAGAAGAAUGAUAGUGAUGAUCACUGGCGUGCUGAAGAGGCUUGGCACAAUUUGUGGAGCUGUUUCUGAUGAUUUGAAGCAACACGCCACCAUGUUUGAAGAUGGCGGCACGUCGCCCGCGACCAUCAGUAACCUCUAUCCAAACAUGUCAUGACAAGCUUCCGUUAUUCUCUGAUUGUAGUGUGUGUGUGUAUGUGAUAUGUUUGUAUGCUCUGUAAAUGCUUUUUGCUUUUAAACCUGUAAUUAUUGUUAAUGAACUGAAACAGAGGAAUAAAUAAAGAUCUGCAAUAAAUUAUUCUACUUAACAACA